GGGGCUGAGCGGGACGACACGAGGCGCGCACAGUCUUACCUCGCCGCGACGCUGCCCACCACAGCCUGACAGCCCCGCCACCUCCCUCACCCACGCCCAUCACGCCGCAAAAAGCCACGGGGCAGACCAUCAGGAAAGACAACCUCGCAUACACACGUGGCCAUGGCGCCGCUGGGAACCUGAACUUGAAAGCAAAUGGCGGCGAGGAUGCGGCGUCUACAGGAAUCUUGCGAGUGUCAGUGCGUGAAGGCCGGCAUGGCGCGGCUUCCUGUGGCGGCCACGGCAGGAGGAACCGUGGCAGGACUUGCGGUGGAGGCCCUGGCGGUGGUGGAGGGCGGGAGGGUGUGCAGGAGGCCGAGGAGAGAGGGCGGAAGGUCUUAUGUGUGUCGUGUGUGUGAGCGCAGGUUCCCGCGGGCGUACCUUCUGCUGGUGCACGAGAGGGCCCACACGCCCCUCACCUGUCCCGUCUGCGGCCGCACCUUCCGCCGCUCCGAGCACCUCAGGAUACACAGGGAGUCUCACGGCGGAAACAAGAGAAACACGUAAGGCGAACUCCACUGGCACCCGCGUCUUCACCUUCAGGAUGGCUAAGGAAAGGACUACCACCACCACCACCACCGCCGCCGCCGCCGCCGCCGCCGCCGCCGCCGCCGCCGCCACCGCCGCCACUUCAAGUCCACCAAAACUACAACCGAUACUUUUUUUUCAUUUUUUCAUUUCUGGGUAAUUUCGUAACUAUCAAAUUUAACUUCUUUUUACCUCUAGCAAUACAGGGUCUCUCUCUCUCUCUCUCUCUCUCUCUCUCUCUCUCUCUCUCUCUCUCUCUCUGAGCAGUUCGUCUUCGUCUCCUUCACUUGUCAUCCCUCCGCCUCUCCCCUCCUCACCCUUAACCACACUCAUCUCGCCUUAACCACAUUUCCAGCCACACUUUCGUUCCAACGCGACCACACACACCUCAACGCUCCUCAGUUCUCCCUUCCUCACUAAUUUCCCCCUUCACCCUCAUCCACGUCCUUCGCGGCCACCUCUGAUACCCCCGAGCUAUCCUGCGCCACCCAUAUCACACCGCGCACCUUCAAACUACAAGCCAAGCCGCCCAAAACCGCCCAAAGCAGCCCGAAGCCGCCCAAAGACGCCCAAUACCCCGCUCUGGCCACCCUGCAGCGCCCGGACAGGGAUAGCAAUUAGAGCGGGGGCGGGGCGGCGUCGAGGCAGGCCUGACGACCCCCGCAAGAGGUUCUUCCCUAUAAUUACCUACGAAUUACAAGCCGGGGCCGUCGAGCGCUAAGUGGGUUCCGGCGUGUUUAUUGUGGCUGGAGGCUGACCCCGGAAUGUGCGGUGGAAACUGGCACUGUGUGGAGGAAAGUGGGUUGUGUGGAGGUUACCUGAGUGUGGAAGGGAAGUGGAAGAGUAUGGUGUGUGUGUGUGUGUGUGUGUGUGUGUGUGUGUGUGUGUGUGUGUGUGUGUGUGUGUGUGUGUGUGUGUGUGUGUGUGUGUGUGUAAUGGUAAUCGCGGUAACUAGAGUGUGGAGGAAGGAAAGGGUUACGAUUUGUUAUGUGGAGAGGUGGAUUGUGCGCAGGAGAAAGUUCUGGUGUGUGGAGAAAAGGUGGAGUGUGCGGAAGGGCAAUGGUAUGUGAAGGUGGAGUAGCUGGCGUGUGGAGCUGGAGGGAAAGGAUGCGCGGAGGGAAGUGACGAGUGGAGAAAGGGAGGAAAAGUGGAGAAGAAAAUAAACAUGCAAAGAAAACGGACAUGUGGAGAGAAACAGAGCGUGAAAAUCGACUGAAGUAGAAGAAUAUGACUAAUGUGGAAGAAAGAAACAGAAAAUAUGUGGAAGAAAACGGAACAGCGGAAGACAAGAUCGAUGUGGACGGCUGAGGAUAAGAAAAAAAAAAAAGUGAAAACAUUUGAAAAUAAUGAAAACACAAAUAAAACUAGAAAAAUAAGGAUAAAAGAGACAAGUGGACAAAAAAAGCAUAAGGAAAAGAGGUGAAAGGAGGGACAGAAAAGACAAAGAUACAAAAAAUAUAGGAAUAAAAGAGAAUACAAGAGAAUAAUGACAAACUUAGUGAUGAAAUGAGAGAAUUAGAAGAAUCAAGCAAGAAUGACCGAUGACUGACAUGGGAGUAAACCAAAGGGAAGAAUAAGAAUAAAGGAAGGAACGAGGAUGAUGAAUAAAAGGAGAGACGCUGAGAGGGAAGGAUGGGUGAACGAAUAAGGGAGCAAACCAAGAGAAAUGUAAAACGAAGAAAGGAAGUGAAAAACAAUAUAAGAUGAAACAGAAAAAAAGGAAAAAAAGAAACAAUAAAUAAAGUCGAAAGAAGCAAGAUAGAUAAAACUAGAAAAUAAAUCAAGGAAUAAAACAAUGAACGAAGGAAAAUGGAUGAAAGAAAA